UGACGUCACGGGCGAACGCUCUUUCGCAUCUGUUCUUCCGGCAUCUCGGUGACAUCACUAAGGGGGGACGAGCAGCCAAAUUUACAACACAGAUGUACUCCGCUGCUGCAGAUCCCCCUCCGAUCCUGUUCCAGUUGUCAAUUCUUUCUGCUUCCCAUCCCGAAACAAACACAGGCGUCUUUCUUCACUUGUUGAGAUGAUAAAAUUUUUCCUGAUCGUUAACAAGCAAGGACAGACAAGACUAUCGCGCUAUUAUGACAGAAUGGAGGUUCAGAGGAGAACACUGUUAGAAUCUGAAGUCAUCAGGCUGUGUCUCUCCCGUCCCAAAGAUCAGUGUUCCUUCGUAGAAUACAAAGACUUCAAGCUGGUGUAUCGGCAGUAUGCAGCACUGUUCAUUGUGAUUGGAAUAGAUGAGUCUGAGAAUGAGAUGGCGGUCUUUGAGCUUAUUCAUAAUUUUGUGGAAGUAUUAGACAAAUACUUUAGUCGAGUGAGUGAACUGGAUAUAAUGUUCAAUCUUGACAAGGUACAUAUUAUUCUGGAUGAGAUGGUAUUAAAUGGCUGCGCUGUGGAAACAAACAAGAGUCGGAUACUGGCACCACUUCUAGUCCUGGAUAAAGUUGGAGACAGCUGAAGAUUUCGGGGGCGCACACAUUCCCUUUUAUACAGCUAUGCGCUUCUCUCUCAUAGUCACUGCAUAAGACCGGCCCCAGACCAAAAGGGUUUUUUAGUGACCGUGAUGUUAUGGAUUCUGUUUCCUUCAAAAGGAAGGGCAAAAUCCACAAAACAAUAGCUUUUUGCUGUGAAAACACACACAAAAAAAAAUUUAACUUUCCUGCUGAAAACCAACAGCAGCAAAUACUACUUGUUCUGAUUUAAAGGGGGUUAUCCAAUCAAAACUGUUUAACCUUUGCACCCAGGCUUGAAGGGGUACUCCGCCCCUAGACAUGCUAUCUCCUAUCCAAAGGAUAGAGGAUAAGAUGUCUGAUCGCGGGGUCCCGCUGCUGGGACCCCCACAAUCUCUGUGCAGCACCAAGCAUUCUGAACAGAACGCUGGGUUGGGGCAGUUGUGGUUGUAACAUCACAUGAGGGAGGUACGAAUAGGCUUUAUUUAUUAUUAUUUUUUUUUUUUCCAAGCCUGGGCACAUAAAUAAAAACAGUUUUGACUUGAUAACCCCUUUUAAGUGCGAAUUUUUUCCUGUUGAAAACCUUCAAUAUUUUAGACACAUGUAAAGUAACCAUAGGGCUCAUUCACAAUGCAGAAUUUCUGCCUGGGUAGGCAUUCCGUUUGCAGCAGGCACCACCCAAAUGAAUUGGCACUAUGACUGCACAGAUCUGCGCUAUCCACAUUGACUGUAAUGCAGUCUGCACAGAAUUCCAAUGAAAGAAUAAAUAUUUUCAUUCUUUCAGCAAUGACCAGAAUUUGGAAUUUCCUUAGCAGAAAUUCUGCAGUGUGCACGAUGCAGCAGAAUCCCAUACUAAACAAUGGGAGGCUACGGCAUCAGAAUUUCUUACCCUGAAAUCCUGUAGUGUGAAUUGGCCCUUAAAAGGGGUACUCCACUGGCCAGUGUUCCGGCUGCGUUCGGAACAUUUAGUAGUCACGCCCCCUCCCAUAGACUUGCAUUGAGGGGGCAUGGCCUGAUGUCACGAGGGGGCAUGGUCGACCCCCCGCAGCGCGUGCACAGGGUUCGGAACUAAAUGUUUCGAAACACUGGCCAGUGGAGUAUUUAAAGAUAUAGUGACACCCCCCGACCUACGACGGCCCCGACAUACGAUCAUUUCAACAUACGAUGGUCUCUCAGAGGCCAUCACAUGUUGAAGGCAGCAUCAACAUACGAUGCUUUUGUAUGUCGGGGCCAUCGAAUAAACGGCUAUCCGGCAGCGCAGACUGCUUCAGCUGCCACCGGAUAGCCAUUUAUGGUGCUCCAUAUGGUCCGCUGACGAUCACUUACCUGUCCUCGGGGCUCCGGCGCGUCCUCUUCGGGAUCCCCUGCAUAGUCUGCGCUCUCCAUCGUCGUCAUCAUGUCGCUGCGCACGCUGUCCUGUCAUCCAAUAGGAGCGGCGUGCGUAGCGACGCGGUGACGGAGAGCGCGGAUGCCGGGGAAGCAGAGGCUUUGCCGGAGCGUCGGGGACACCACGGGGACAGCGAUGGAAGGUGACAUCCAGGGCAGCAGUGACAGUCCGGAGCGGCGGCGACACGCGAUUAUAACCUCCAAUACCAGUGGUCUUCAACCUGCGGACCUCCAGAUGUUGCAGAACUACAACUCCCAGCAUGCCCGGACAGGCUGGGUGUUGUAGUUUUGCAACAUCUGGAGGUCCGCAGGUUGUAGACCACUGUCCUAUACUUUCCAUUGCACGGAUCCCUCAACAUACGAUGGUUUGAACAAACGAUGGUCCAUUUGGAACGGAUUACCAUCGUAUGUUGAGGGACCACUGUAGUUGAUUAGAAUUGGCACAAAUUAGUGAUUGAACCACUUUAUGUAAAUAUACCGUUAUUUGUAAAAUUGUCCUUUCCUUCGCAAUCUACUUAAUAUUUGUGUGAACAGAAAAGAUUCAGAAUGGCUUCUGCUUCAGACCGCAUCUCUUUAUUUUUCAGCACACAUACUGGAAAUAGGUUUUGUUUUAAAUUCUUUAUUAACUUUUUUUAUUUUUUACUUCAAACUGCAACAAGUUAAAUAAAUGUUUAUAAUAUACAAAGAAAAUACAAGAGAGCAAUCUUUUUUUUUUUUUAACCCCUUAAGUGCGAGGAGCAGCCUUCUACACACAAGUUGAAAGUUACCCUGAACAAUGAAGGGGUAGUAGAGAUACUGGCUGUACGCCAUUGUACAUUAUCGUAAAUCAUGAUUGAAAUCAUAGCGUCGAAGCUUUAUUUGGAUUUUGCACAAACACUUCAGUUCAGUUCAAUCUGCAUAGCAGGGGCUUAAAAAAAAAAUUCCAAUCCCUCCAGAUUAAGGAGGACACUAUAUAAUAUCAAAGGUGCAUGGUUAUAACGUAAGGAGAAAGAAAAAAAAUACAAAGUAAACACUAAGGAGGUUUAAAUAGUGCAGGCACCAUUACAAAUAAACUGGAAAAAUAAUGUAAGGAGGGGAAAAAAGGACAAAAAGAAAAAAAAAAAGCUUCGGGUGUCCAUUAACGUA